AUGGGUAUUGUCGAGAAGUUUCUAGAGGAGAUGGCGAGGAGUGAGCACUCAAGAUCAGCGACAGAAUACCAUCUUGGCUUACUUAAAGCCAAGCUGGCAAGAUAUCGAGCGCAACUACUCGAGCCUGCAUCUAAAUCCGGACCCGCAGGAACAGGUUUUGACGUGCAGAAAUCAGGGGACGCGCGGGUGGCCUUAAUUGGCUUUCCGUCUGUCGGCAAGUCAACGCUGUUAAGCAAAGUAACUCACACCCAGUCGGAAACGGCUGCCUACGAGUUUACCACAUUGACUGCUAUCCCUGGUGUCAUAGAAUAUAAAGGUGCUCGCAUCCAGCUACUGGAUUUGCCAGGAAUUGUUGAAGGGGCUAGUCAGGGAAGAGGGAGAGGGCGCCAAGUAGUCUCAACCGCCAAAACGGCCGAUCUCAUCUUGAUUAUGAUGGAUGCUACUAAAUCUGACGAACACCGACGGUUGCUUGAGGUAGAACUGGAUGCCGUUGGGAUCAGGCUUAACAAGUCGAAACCCGACGUUGUCUUCAAGCGACGAACGACAGGAGGAUUUAAUACCACUGUCAAACUCACUAAAACAGACGAACGGACAAUAAGGUUGAUCUUGGCGAGUUACAAGCUCCACAAUUGCGAUAUUAUGAUCAGGGAGGAUAUCACCACCGAUGAAUUUAUAGACGUUCUGAUUGGUACAAGAAAAUACAUGCCGUGUCUUUAUGUAUACAACAAAGUGGAUGCAAUUUCGCUGGAACAGCUGGACAAGAUCUCUCGCGAACCUCAUUCAGUAGUGAUCAGCUGUGAGAUGGACCUGAACAUUGACUACCUCAUCGAUCGCAUCUGGGACGAACUCGCGUUGGUGAAGAUAUACACGAAGAAGCGGGGUGCUCAUCCUGAUCUAUCCGACCCAAUCUGCCUCCGUAAGGGGGCCACCAUUGAAAACGUGUGUAACGGAAUCCAUCGGUCCUUGGCGGCGAACUUCCGUUAUGCUCUGGUCUGGGGGAAAUCAAGUAAGUUCUCGCCACACGCACAGAAGGUCAGCCUCUCGCAUCAAGUGCAGGACGAAGAUGUCGUUUCAAUCUUCACAAAAUAG